AUGAGCAAGUCGACAACAACGACAACUUCAACAGCUUCAAUACUCAUCCCUCCGGAUGAGUGUUUUCAACUGGUGAAAAAUACAGCUAGUGAUACAACAGCUACCAAAAACAAAAAUAAAGUGGUCUUAACACCCACUAUGCGCAAGGUGGUGGCUCAGCGAAAAUUGAUUCAAAAACAAUAUCAAUUAGCAACAACAUCAUCGUCAACAACAGCAGCUUCAGCGACAGAAGCUUUUAAUAGUAGUGGUGGACGUCAAAAGAAAAAUGAAAAGAACAAAAAACCAAAACGCAACGGUUUUGGUCAAGCAGCAACAAAUCCAGUUGCUGAAAUACCAACAAGUAACAGACAGUGUACCAUGUCUGUCGUAUGUAUCUCGGCGAUGCGGUCUGGAGUGUCUGUGCCACUACCUUCAAUCGGUGUGAUAUCAGUAACUCCAAGUGUGUCUAUACCGAGAAUACCACGGCUAUCUGGAAGAUCAACAACACCCAACCCACGAAGUCCUGCUCAAUCAGGCAAACGGAAACAUUCAACAUCACCGACAUACAUCAAGGAACCCACCCAUUUCACACGGACAUGGGUGAAUAAUCGAGAAACGUUCUCGAUACAAGUCGAGAACAUUUUAAAUGCCGCCUCAUUUUCUCCCACACGUGCUGUGGAAGAGUGUGAGCGGCGUUCCGAACUUACAUCCCACCUCCUUCGGUGGCGUUUGGAACAAGCCGCUAAAGCUGCUAUUGCCGAUUUAAGAAAAAUUCUAAAAUAA